AAGCAUCUGUAGUCUUAGUAGUUCAGUAAGUGCUUUCACUGGAGUGUCACACCUGCAAAUGGAGUGGAUUCAAGUCUUUGGAGUUCUGGAAUGUUUACUAUUCUGCAGUGGAACUCUAGUCACACCAAGUUUCAGCCCAGCAAAGAAUCCCUCGUAUCUCAUAUCCGUCUCUGAAGUUCUGCGCUGUGGCGUUCCCACCACAAUAUCAGUCAGCAUUCUGUCAGAAUAUCCCAUCAGAGUCACAGCUGAACUCAUUCAUGGAAACACCAGUGUGGCCCAAACACAGAGCACUGUCCCAGCAGGCUCUACCAGACUACUGUCUCUUCCGCCUGUCUUUUAUGAUGAAUUGAGUUAUUGGUAUCCAUAUCAGCUUUACGUUAAGGGGUUUGUUGGAGCUGCUCAAGUGUUUUCAAACUCCACCGCGAUGGUCUUCAGCCCCAAGUGCAUGUCCAUCUUUAUCCAGACUGACAAGAACAAUUACCAACCAGGGGAGACGGUGAAAUUUCGGGUUGUAUCAGUUACACACGAUGGAAAGCCGUACAAGGGCCAGAUCAACCUUUAUAUCAGGGAUCCCAAGGGGAAUAUGAUUCGACAGUGGCUGUCUGUGGACGGUGUUCUAGGUGUUGUUUCAAAAGAGCUGAAACUCUCUCAGAACCCACCGCUUGGCCCAUGGAAAAUUGUAGCAGGAAUCCACGAUGUUAUACAGGAGAGAUCGUUCAUUGUGGACUACUAUGUGCUUCCUAGAUUUGAGGUGAAGGUGAACGUCCCCUCCGUCCUGCAUUAUGAAGACACGCUGACAGGGACGGUCACAGCAAAAUAUUUUUAUGGGAAGCCCGUCAGUGGGCUGAUGUCUGUGACAUAUAUUCAUGUAUUCAAUGGCCUCGAUAGACGUUACGAACACAGUGAAACGAUUGACGGAUCUGCUGAUAUCACAUUUGAUGCGUUAUUGUACAAACUCACUUCAGAUUACACAUAUUCAUAUUAUGAUGGAUACGGGCCAAGUGAAUAUAUCGACAUUACCGUGAACGUCACAGAGGGCGUUACAGGUUUAACAUGCAACAGUAGUGUAAGGGUUUCUAUUGUGGAUAAUAAAUAUCAUCUAGAGUUUCUGCAACAUCCACAAAUCAUUAAACCCUCCAUGACCUUCACUGCUCAGGUGAAGUUAACCAGCUAUGACCAGCGGGCCCUGAGUGCUGAAGAACAGAGCAGAAGUGUGCAGCUGGCGGUGACCCAGCACAAGUUCAGCCCCUGGACGUGGAUGUGGAACGAGAAGGAAUCCCUGGUGCCUCGCAUGAUGAACAGCACGCCGACGUCAAGCUUCUCUCCCAUGGACGAUAUUCCAGUCCAAGAGAUCCAGCUUCCAGUUGCUGCUGAUGGGGUGAUGUCAUUUCAGGUUCAGCUCUCUGACAGCGUUGCCACACUUGAUAUAGAGGCCCGGUUUGAAGACACAGUCCAGCGUCUUCAGCUCUACAAGAGUUAUUCUUCACCCAGUAGAUCCUACAUACAGCUUCACAGAGACAGCGAGCCUCAGGUCGGACAGCCGCUGUACUUGACUUUGGAGAGCAAUUUCGACCUGACCAAAUUCCACUACAUUGUGAUGUCCCGUGGUCGGGUGGUGGAUGCUGGAACGGUAGACUCCUCUUCCUUCAGUCUGAACACAGAUCAGUCUUGGACUCCACUGGCUUGUGUGAUGGUGUACUACACGCUUCCAGACGGAGAGAUCGUCAAUGAUGCUCUACAAGUUACUUUCACACAAGUCCUAAGUAACACAGUAUCUCUGAGCUGGAGUCAGGAUCGCGCCGGGCCGGGAGAAUCUGUAUCUCUCUCCGUUUCCGUGUCCGAGCCUGGGUCUCUGGUGGGAAUUCUGGUGGUGGACAAAGCAACAAUGGACUCCAACAAAGACAAUGGCAUUACAGAGACGAAGGUGCUUGAAGAAUUUAUGUCAUAUAGCGCAGAGAUGACCCAUACAGAUUACAGCAGCAUGAAAAUGGGAGAUCCGUAUUCCAUAUUCAUGAUGUGCGGUGUCACGGUUCUGACAGAUGCCAGGCUGAAUCAGGAGAAGAGUCAAUUGUUCCCUGCGUUUCCAGGGGAGGGACUCUAUGUGGAUCAGAUGGCUGAUGUGGGUUUUCAAGAGCCUAGACAGCGAAAAGACUUUCCUGAAACCUGGAUCUGGCUGGAUGCUAAUAUGAGUAAUUCUGCCACGGCUUCCUUCCCGGUGACCGUGCCGGACAGCUUGACCUCUUGGGUGGCCUUUGCCAUCGUGAUGUCAGAGAAUCUGGGUUUGGGCAUCAGCGCUCCUGCAGAGCUCACCGUGUUCAAAGAUUUCUUCCUGUCACUGAAUCUCCCGGCGUUCCUGAUCCGUGGGGAACUGCUCCUGCUGGAAGUCAAUUUAUUUAACUAUAUGGAUGAGGAUUUGGAGGUGAUGGUUGUUGUUGCAGAGAGUUUGGGGUUUGAAUUUGUGUCACCAGACAAUAGAGAAUUUUCGAUGAACAAUGUGAGGAAAGUCUCAGUGUUGAGUCAGAACAUUACGACGCUCCUGUUCCCCAUCAGAGCCACAGUCCCGGGAGAGAUUCCCAUCUCUGUCAAAGCCACGUCCAUCUACUCCUCAGACUGGGUCUACAAGACUGUUCUCGUCAAGCCAGAGGGACUGGAGCAGUCGUCAACUCAAACAUUGUUUCUGGAGUUCCCCCUGAACCAGAACACGGUGUCUAGGACGAUGGCCUUUAGUUUUCCUGCAGAUGUGGUUUCUGACAGCCAGAGGGCCACUGUAUCUGCUGUGGGUGACAUUCUGGGCCCAUCCAUUGGAAAUCUGGACACUCUCAUUGAAAUGCCUUACGGUUGUGGUGAGCAGAACAUGAUCCAUUUUGCUCCAAAUAUUUAUGUUCUGGAGUAUCUGAGAAAUACCAAGCAAGCCGAGGAACAGACCAGGAGCAAGGCUAUGAGCUACAUGAUGGAAGCUUAUGAACGUGAGCUUUCCUACCAAAGGCUUGAUGGCUCCUUCAGUGCUUUCGGAGACAGUGAUUAUUCUGGCAGCACAUGGCUGUCAGCGUUCGUGCUCAGGUGUUUCCUCCAGGCUCAGGCCUUCAUCUCCAUUGACCCGGUGGUGAUGCAGAGGACAGCAUAUUGGCUGUCUGUCCAUCAGGACCCUGACGGGUCGUUCAGAGAGCCGGGUCAGGUCAUUCACACAGAGCUCCAGGGCGGUCUAGAUGGACCUGUGUCUCUCACAGCGUACGUCCUCAUAGCACUUCUGGAGGACGCUGAAUACAAGAGUUCAUAUGAAGGCAGUGUGUCUUCUGCCUUGAGUUUCCUGAAGUCUCGACUGGCUCAGGGAAUCUCCAGUAACUACAGCCUGUCUUUAGUCACCUAUGCUCUGUCACUGGCCAACAGCACCAGCGCUCCAUCUGCCCUCACCCAGCUGUUGAACAGAGCACUAGUUGUCGAUGGAGUGCCAACUUGGAGAUCUCCAGGCGACAUCUUGUACAAUUCCUGGCAGCCGCGUUCAGCCGACAUCGAGAUAUCUGCAUAUGUACUGCUCUCCAUGUACAGCCUGAAACUAAUAGAUGAAGGAUUCAGUCUGAUGAAGUGGCUCAGUCAGCAAAGAAACCAUCUCGGGGGAUACGGAUCCACUCAGGAUACGGUGAUGGCGUUGCACGCACUGUCAGUCUACGCCACCAUCAACAACGGCGAGUUCGUGGAUCUCACCAUCACAGUGAACGGAGCUGCCAUGUUCAACAUAGACAGAUCCAAUUACCUGCUGCAACAGAGCCAAGACCUUCCCAUUGAUGCAAGUGAGGGGAUUGACAUUGAAGUGGUGGCAGAGGGUAAAGGCAUUGCUCUGUUUCAGCUUACUGUGUUCUACAACGUGAUGAACCUGAGAAGGUCUCUCAGACGGCGUGAUAUACACACAGAUGAGGCCUUUUAUUUGUAUAUAGACGUAAUGGACAAUGAGGAGUUUCGUGUAAACCUUCACAUAUGUUUCAGGCUGAGGGAAGGCCUGGGCCUGAGUCAGACGGGUAUGGCCAUACUGGACGUGGGUUUGCUCACGGGCUUCAGUUUGGCCCCAGAGGGUGUCCAGAUAGAUGAUAUAGUCAGAAGAAUAGAGACGCCUUCAGGACGAGUUAUACUUUACUUAGACACGGUGACCAUAUUCGAAAAGUGCAUUGAAAUAUCCACCAUAAUGGAUUUUAAAGUGGCCAAUGUCCAAGAUGCUGUGACGAUGAUCUACGACUACUAUGAGCCGCAACGGAGGACAGUGCGGUCCUACACAUCUGAGAUUAGACAGCACAUGUCUGUGUGUUCGCUGUGUGGGUCGGAUUGUUCCCAGUGUGGGGCUCAAGACAUCAGGGUGACUGAUGGGACGCCCUCCAUCAGCCAACAUCCACUUCUGGCUCUAAGCUUGACCACAGCGCUCGUCAUCCUCCUGUCCGUCUACAACUAAUCAGUGUAUUCCUUACAUCGCAACCAUUAUAAUCAAUAACACUCUACUACAAGCAAAGUUUAUGUGUAAAUUAUUUCAGACAGUUCUGUAAAUGUGUGGGGUUUUUUUGUAUGAAAAUUUUACGGAUUUAAUUUAGUGCCACAAUGAAUGAUUUUAAAAACAGUUUAGACAGAACUUGUUUCUUUAAAUGACAUUUCAUUACUGACAACUUAAUGAAAAAUAAGUGAUUAAUUAAUUAAUUAUGAGUGAAUAAGGGAUGCUUUUGUUUUUAGAUUUUUCCAUUUUUUGUUUUUAAUUUUGAGCAUAAUUGAAAUGGUAAUUCAGGGUCAGGUGCAAAACUGAUCAAUGAACUUUUUAAAUGUGAACACUGAGUCUUAAAUUCAUUGUCACCAUUAUAAUAGUCCACAAAUGUGCACCAUGUUGUAAAUUACCACAAUUACAAAUUUCCCAGUGUUAAA